UGAUAGCUAAGUUUGCAUGCAUUUUAUUUCUUUAUUUCAUCUUCCUUUUCAUUACUAAUCAUUGCUAAAUGCCUAAUUUAACAUUUUAUCAACUUUCUUCAAUCUCUACUUUAUGGUGGUGACUGAGAUUGAUGAUGCACUCAUAUGGAGCAUUAUUCAAUUUGAUCCUCAUAAUUUAUUAGUUUCUAACAACAAACCAAAUCAUACAAAGUGAUAUGGAUUUCAGUGUGCCCUGUGAUUUCCUUUUCUGGGAAAUGUAAUGAGGUUUUAUAAGAGAAGAAAAAAGGAACCACAGUGUUUUGAAUUAUGGGGCAUGUUAAAAAAGUGAAGAGGAGAUGGAAAAAAAGGGAAAAAAGAAAACAUUUUGGAGGGGCUUCUUUGUUGGGCUUGGAGUAAAGUCACUAUCUUUAGUUUUUGCAAUAAUCUCAUUGAUGAAAGCAACUUGCUUCUGUUGAAUUUCUCUGUGACCCCACGCCCAAUUGUUGUAAAUAAAUUUCAUCUGAGUUUUUAUUCAAAUUUUUCGGAAUUGUUGAUUCUCUCUUAAACAGCUUGUAAUUUGUCCAUUUUUCAUCAUUAAAUUUUGGUUCAACAGGGUUUAACUUAAAAUUUAAAAGUUGUUUGAUUUAAAAUUUACUUUCCUUUUUACAAGAAAAUGGAAAAAAUAAUAGGAAAAGAAAAAAGAAAAGUUGGAUACAUACUUUAAUAAGGGUAGAUAUUUGAAUUUGCAGACUUGUGGUUACAAUUAUGCUCUGAAAUGGCAGUCAUUACGCUUUACAGUUGUAUAAGCAACGCUGCAGAGAAAUCAGAUAACUGCUCAACCCCAUGGCAGAACGGGAUCCAUUCCCUUCUACCCUUUUUCACUCACCAUAAUCUUUUCUUUUCCCAUCUCUCUGUUCAUCGAUGAUUCAACCCCAGAAAGAAUUUCUAGCUAAAAAUUCAAGUUCUUCUUUGAUUUCCCUUUCCCUCGUGGUUCUUCAAUCGUUUUCCUUUCCUCACAUGGUGACCCUUUAGCCAUUUUUGGCAGCUCCGAUUGUUUUUGGGGUUUCUUGUUUUAGUUUUUGGAUAUGGCUAUUCGAGGAGUCGAUUUCAAAUGGUACGAUGGGUUCUUCUUGUCUAUGCUUGCUACUAGUAUAAUAAUUGUGACCAUCAAUUGGAGAAGGUACAAUACUUGUACGUAUCCUUUGCACAUAUGGAUUGUGGUUGAUUAUACCUCUGUGUUUGCAUUUCGCCUUUUGCUGUUCAUAGAUAAUGCACUUUCAGCUGGAAUGGGAUUAGAUUUUGGAUGGCAGCAGCGAUAUGCUCGGUUUUGUGGAAGAGUUGUGGUUCUUUCUGUCCUCUCUCUAUUGCUCUACCCCUUUCUAUGUGCCUGGACUGUAAUUGGUACCCUGUGGUUUAGAGAUGCUAAAGAUUGUUUGCCUGAAGAAGGACAGAAAUGGGGUUUCCUCAUUUGGUUGCUUUUCAGCUACUGUGCCCUCCUUUGCAUUGCCUGCAUGUCAGUUGGAAAGUGGUUAGCGCGUAGACAAGCACACUUGUUUCGUGCCCAACAAGGCAUGCCAGUAUCAGAAUAUGGGGUACUGAUCGACAUGAUUAGAGUUCCUGAUUGGGCAUAUGAAGCUGCAGGACUGGAAAUACGAGGCAUUGGCCAAGAUGCUACUGGUUACCAUCCCGGGCUGUUCUUAACCUCGGCUCAGAGGGAAGCUGUGGAAGCUCUCAUCCAGGAACUUCCAAAGUUUAGGCUGAAGGCUGUCCCAACCGAUUGCAGUGAAUGCCCUAUUUGCCUUGAAGAGUUCCAUGUAGGGAAUGAGGUUCGUGGUAUGCCGUGUGCACACAAUUUCCAUGUUGAAUGUAUCGACGAGUGGCUUCGUUUAAAUGUUAAAUGUCCUCGAUGCCGCUCCUCGGUCUUCCCAAAUCUCGAUCUCAGCGCUCUUUCUAACCUGCAUUCGGACACAGAACAAACAUCUGACAAUGCUUUUGUUACAACCCAACCUUCAAGUCUAUUGAGAUCAACCCCAACCCGGGCAGCACAUACCGAAAAUACAGCAGGCCUCUAUACUGACACUGCCUUAGAUGCUUUGGAGAAUGGAAACUCAUCCCUGCCAUCUGCUUCUCCACAUUGAUCUACAGCCACCCCUUUGAACCAUCUUAACCAAAACUCCUGAGAAAGAUUCAACACUGAUAUAAACCAAAAAAAAAAAACAGAGAGAUCACUGACAUCUAUAGUUCUAUUCUAAAUACUCCGAAAACUUGCCCAAAAAGUAAAGUUUUUGUUAGGUUUGAAGAGAUGGUUAUAAAAUAUUUAUGAAUCUGACAGUGACCUUCAAAGUUUUACCCAUGGAGGAAAAAAGAGUUCACGUGGGUUUUCUCUAUUAGGCCAUGUUCAUGGCUUGUGGAUCCUUACAGAUUCCUCACUACUUGACAAAUAUUUCCCAUCAGAUCAUCCUCCCUUUCCAUUUCCAACCCAUCCUUUUGUCUUCUUUUCUUGUUUCUUCUCUUUUUUUUUUUUCAUAUAUAUUUUUUUCUUUUAAUGUGAAAGAUGUGUAAGUUUGUGACAUUAAUCAUAGUAAGAUUACAAACUAAUUAAAACUCCCCUUGGCAUAAGUCUAUCUUUGCCACGAUCGGUAUCAAAUCGGUUGUGAGAAGAUCGGAAUGGAACCUGGGAUUUAUCUU